UUGCCUUUUGUGUUGUGAGGUUGAACUCCUCUCUACUCUCUCAUUCUAGUACAAUGCUGUUGUUAUAUUGAGUGUUUCAGCGAGUGAAUUAUUCGUGUUCCAACUCUUUUGUUGCUGUUUCAUGGAGUGAAUAAGUUCAGUUUUUAUUCGUCUAUGCCGUUUAUCAGGUGAAAAAGUUGAGUUUCAAUGGGAGUUUGAUGUGAGAGUGCUUUCAAUGAAUAUGUGUUCUGAAGAGAGUGGGAAGUCGUUUUCUAGUGCAAGAAGCAGAAGAAGAGAUCCAAAUCUCAGAAGAACCUCACUUGCUGAAAAUGGGAUGCGAGAUAGCACUUGCUCAGAUGAUAAACAGGAGCUGUCAGCGCAAGAAGUGUCAGAUUUUCUGCAAUCACAUCCCGGCUUUCUUGAGGAAUGGGUCAUGGAAGAAGUCGAGAUAGAACAGCUGGAGAGGUGGAUUAUAAGGAGAACGCAACGGGAUAAGAAAAGAGGAAGUGGCAACAGUGCUGGGAGGAAAACGAGCUUAUCCAGGUGGAAAUUUUGCGUGCACGCCGACAAGCGUCAAAUGCUGCAGGACCUGACAGUUGCGCUUCAGCAGCAACCGAGCGUCGCGCAUGUCUUGUGGGAGCUGUCCGGGUGCAUAGCGAGUGCUUGCAAUGCCGACGGUCAUCGACUCUAUCUGCCAGAUGGCCCUGAUGGAUCACGCUUGAGGCCCUAUUUUGGACAAAUCAAUGAUGGGUAACUUGUAAUUCACAUUUAAACUGAUAAUAAAUCGUCCUUGCUAAUUACUUUCCUUGCCCUAUUUCCAUAGGUAAGGAAAGUAUUGCUUUCCAAAAAAAAUUAAGGUACCCUAAUUUCAAGUUUUCUAUA